AUGACGGUGCUCAGCUUUACUGAAAAUGAGCCCGACAGUCUUUAUACCAUCGGACCCGUCUCACUAGACUUGGCGAGGUGGAAAGACUCCACCGCCGGUUACGAGACGCACAGAGAGCUGAUCAUUGGCCACACGGAAGCAGAAACGAUGCCGAUCUUUGCUGGAACAGCGGUGAAACAUGCCAAUUUACACGAGGGUGACUGGUUGUUUGCACUUCCGUUGACGUCGGUGGGCAGGAAGACCACGGGCAGCGGUGGUGUUGUAAAGCAAUUGAUGCCAAAAUACGUGGCCGCGCAGUCGUUAGGGAACUCGGAGAUCUCCGGUGUGGGGACGAUCGAGGAGAUCCAAAGCCAUUUGCGAAGGAAAACAGCGGGUGACCACACUCCAAACGGUAAAAAGGAGAUGCAUUGCAGACUCCAGCAUCCCUUUCCGGCAACGAUUCAGCUCCACCCCGCCAGUUCAGUGGGAGCGGCCUUGGUGGGGAUGGCGCAGUGGUCCGAUCCGUCAACUAUCCACGAGUUGAAAAUCCUCUUUGAAGAAAAAAAUAUUCGAGUUGCGCACAAAUUCCUGGCAAGCACGCAAUCGAAGAUGGUGGACAACGUUAAUGAUGCCUAUGGUCGAUUGUAUGAAAUGGAAAGGUUGGUCUUCGGAAAGAAUAGCUAUUUCGCCCAAGGUUCCCGCCAACAUCAUUCGUAG